AUGGAAUUGCAGUAUGAAGAAGUGUUCAAUGCCGCUCAGGAACAAAGGCCUCAGAAUCAGGUGGAAAAAAACCAAUUAAAUAGGAAACGAAAGAGGACGUCUUAUAGCUCAGCGCAGAUUGUGGAGCUCAAAAGAGUAUUUGACACGAAUAAUUACUUGUCCCUGGCUGGCCGAUUACGUUUGGCGAAAAAGAUGAAUCUCACGGAAUAUCAAGUGACAAUAUGGUUCCAAAAUCGCCGAAUGAAAUUCAAGAAACUAAAUAGAGACUGUCCCGAUAGUGGAAACAUCCCAAUGUUUACACUGAAUCAGCAAGGACAACAAUCUCGGUUGUCUCCAAAUCCAAUCUAUGGUUACGGAAUCCAGCAGCGACCAUUUUUGCGUCAAUGUGAUUUUGGUGCACAACAACUCGAAGUUGCAGAGCAGAUGUCAUACCUGACAUGUUCUAAAUUCAUGGAAUCUUUAUCUUUGAUCAACAAGAUUUAUCAUAAUUUUUAUGUUGCUGAUAAUCACUCCAGAUCGUCCUUAGCUCCAGAUCCAGCCGCGAAAUUCGAGAACAAUAUAAUAUAUAGCCAGUCAUUUUUAGUUUUUGGAAACAUAACUAACUUUUUACCUUGCUAA